CAAGUAAACCUUACUUUUUAGGGUGGAAGACCUGUACCUGUUAUUGUACCCCAAGAUGUGAAGGGUCCAUUAGACUUCAUUGCAUCGAAGAUGACCAGAAAAGCAGCUGGAAUAAGUGAAAGCAACAAGUACUUGUUUCCAAAUACUGCUCUCAAGUACAUUAGAGCAUAUGACAGCUUGAAGAUUGCAUGCGAUUCGUGCAAGCUGAAAUCGCCCCAGCGAAUAACAAGUGUGGCCAUGAGAAAAUAUACUGCUACCUUGUCACAGCUGAUGAAUCUUGAUAAGUACCAGAUGGACUGGCUGUGUCGUCACCUUGGCCAUACAAAACCUGUCCACAGAGAAGCAUACAGGCAAAUGUCUGGUUUGAUUGAGAGAGUCUAUGUUACCAAACUAAUGAUGGUGCAAGACUUGAAUUUAACCGGGCAGUUCAAGGGGCAGUCAUUAGAAGAUAUUGAUUUGAAAGAUAUUGUGUAUGGGGCAGAUGAGCAGCAGGAAGGAAGAAGAGUUGAUGAGACUUUAGACUCUGUUGAUGGUAUACAUGAAGACUCUGACUGUACUCAAGACAAACAGUCAGGAAAAAGAAACUUCAGUGCUAUUUCCUCAGAUGAAGAAGAUAAAGUACAUGCACCAGAAAAAAAGAAAAGGAAAAAGAUGACAGCUCGUCAGAGAUGGACUGAUACUGAAGUUGAAGAGUUAAGGACUUAUUUUAAAACCUACCUUGACAGUGGAAUAACUCCUCGCAGACCUGCUUGUUUAAAAGCAAAAAAAUGAGUCAGGAAAAGGGUGGUGAGAUUUGGAGAAGGGCAAAUCACCUGAUUAUCAAGAAGAUCAGCAAUAUGAACCAUAAGUAAAACCACUGAGUUUAAUUAAACAUUGUUCAUAUUGCCAUAAGAAUUUGUCCUUUAGAAUAUUGUUGUAAUCUUAAAUACUUAUUGUUGGAUUUUCAUGGAAAUUACAUAUAGGUCAGUCAGCUUAACACAGUGUUUCUUUUUUUAAAUGACUGGUUAAAUAAGAUAGUACACUUCUGUUAGCCUAUUAAUUUAGGAAAAGCAUAGAGUUAUUAUAAUGGGAGAGAGAGUAUUACCAUGGAAUGUGUGCAUGGUACAUUGACAUUGUAAAUCUGAAUUUUGUAACCAUAAUUCAACCUUGUUCCUCAGAUUUUUUUGUUUACCCUUGUUUAUUCAUUGAUCUGAAGCCAUUUUCAUCUAGUGUUCUUUAUUUCUUUAGCCUGUUAAGGACUUGUUAGAAAAAAUAUAGGCUACCUAAAAACAUUUAUUUUUCAUUGCAAAUGUUGUUUUGUUCAUCAACAGUUAUUUUUCUCCAUCUUAUGAAUAAAGUUAUAAAGGAG